AUGGCUUCCACCAGAUCAGACCCCGUUUUAGCCGAUCCCGCAGACCCAGGCUUCUACCCACCAUCGCAGACUGCUCUCCUUCUCUUAGACUUCCACGAGAUGUUUCUUCAACAUGCUGGGCCCUCUGCCGUCACUGCCGUCGCUACGGCCGCGAGGAUGAGGAGAUGGGCCACACAGCGUGGUAUUCUUGUCAUUCACGCUCUCAUCGAUACCUCAAAGUUAGCUUUCCCCAGCUGUAAAGACGCGAACAGAUACAAAACUAUUGUGGCUGCGAUGGUCUCUUCCGGGACUAGCGCUGAGCCUACGAGCUUGACUGACGGCGCAGAUGCUGAGGAAUUGAUAUUUACGAGAAGACCUGGUCAUAUUUCUGCGCUCAAGUCGUCUGGCUUGAUGGACUUCCUGCAAGAGAGGGGUAUCGCUUCAUUGAUCUUGACUGGAUUGAGUACUUCAGGUUGCGUGUUAAGAACAGCUGUGCAAGCCACUGAUGCGGAGUUCGUCGUCACGGUUGUCAGGGAUGGAUGUGCGGAUGCGGAUGAAGAAUUGCACAAGAUUUUGAUGGAGAAGGUGUUGACUUCGAGGGGGUACGUUAUGAAUGCUGCAGAGAUCCAGGAAAUGUAUGAAUAG